AUGACACUAGGUUUCCAACAGCCUCCUGAAGAAAUACUGUGUCAUUCCUUCCCUACUACUCUCAAAGGAGCUACAAGGGAGUGGUUCAUAAAGUUGCCAACUUCCAUCGAUAGCUUCAAGCAGUUGAGCAACUCCUUUUUGUGCCACUUCAUCGGAGGACAACACCUUAAGAGGCCAGCGAACCAUUUACUCACUAUUAGACAAGGGGAGAAGGAAAUCCUGCGGUCGUAUGUGAAACACUUUGCUCGAGAGACCCUGGAGGUAGAUGACACUGAUGACAAAGUGCAGUUGAUGACUUUUAAGGCAAGGCUGAAGUCUAGGGAGUUCAUGGUUUCACUCACAAAGAAUCCUCCUAAGACGAUGGCAGAGAUGCUCCUGAAGGCACAAAAGUACAUGAAUGCUGAAGAUGCAUUAGCAGCCAUAAGGGACAUAGAAAAACUGGGAGACCAAGAAAGGAAGGAGGACAACCGUAGAGGACAAAAAAGGGAGCGUCUAGAUCAUCGGACUAGUGAUGGAAACAAAAGGAAAGAUGAAAAAACUCCUCGAACAGUAAAAUUCACCCCUCUAGUUAUUCCUGUUUACAAAAUUUCGAUGCAGAUUAAAAACGAGCACUACCUCAAGUGGCCAAGGCCAUUACAUUCAUCCCCUAAUGUUCGUGACAAGAAGAAGUACUGCCGGUUUCACAAGGAUUAUGGCUACUACACAAAAGAUUGCUAG